AUUCUACAUUAUUUGCAUUGAUACAGCUGUGUUAAAAUAUUAUGAAAUUUGUUCAUUUUCGAGACUUAUAGAGAGUCAAGUGCAGUAAAUCAUUUUUAGAUGAAACUUUUCCCACAAUCACUGUAUAACGAAAGCACAUACUUUUUAUUGAUCAAUCCUCAAAACUAAAUGUUUAAAAUCUUUUCGAUUCUCGCAAACUAUAUCAUAUGCAUAUAUAAUGCAACCAUAAAUAUGAAAAAAUGGAAUGUAUUGUGAAGUUUGAGACUGGUACCUCACCACAACAAUACCUUAACCGAACUAUGUAGAAUUAAUAUUCACAAUGGAAAUAUAUCCCUGUACAUGCGAAUUUAUUUUUUAUUUUUUAUAAAAAAACCACUAUCUCAUAAUCAUCAUUCCAUCUGAGUGUACAGAGAAUAGAUUUUGAUCUCAAUGAAGUGAUCAUCCGUCAGUUCUCAUGUCGUCAAGGAGUGUAGAUUUUGUGGUUGGAUCAUUAUCAGUCGAGCGUAAAAAACCUGUGGAUUUCAACAUCUGCUACGCUUAUCCCAGAAUUGAAGAAGAUAUUGGUGUCGAAUCAAUUGUGCAAUGGCAUCAUGUGGAUCCACGGACACCUAUAACCGAGGAAGAAUCAUUGAAUGGUGGUCUCUGCGUUGCACCAGAUGGUCCAUUGACCAGCAGCAUUGUCAAACCAUAUUAUUUGGAAAGUUUGAGAAAAAUUGUUGUUGAAUCCACACCAAAACCUUGCAGGAAAUUGUUGGAGAUUGGAGUGCGAGAAGUGAAAAUCUAUCAAAGUUUCAACGGGUCUCAAGCACCAAUAGAAAUCUCUGCUGUCUCGAUUUUUUUCAAAGAUAAACUGGUAUGCAAAUCUUCGAGUCCUUUCAACAGAAAACUUUACAAAGUUCUGUACAAGGACAACUUCGAAUCCAAUAAUUUUUCUAUCACAGUACAUUCGCGAGAAGGAACUUGCAGUAAGCUCCCACUGCCUCUGCCUGAAACUUGCGUCAAAAACAAAAAAACAAAAAUUGAUUUUUCAAUUCUGGAUGGCAUAGGAAGAAUUCACUCCGGUACAGUAACUUGUACUUUGAGUUUAAGCACAAAAGAGUCUGAACCGGAAGAAGCUUCAACUCAUUCUGAAACAACCUUGGACAAUGUGCAAGAAUUGCAGAGAUCACCGAGUUCCCAGCCAAGAAAAAAUCAAUCUAAUGAACCAGUAGAUUAUUUUUUCCUCAUCGAUCCGGCUCUCGUUUUCGAGACUGCAUCAGAAGAGAUUGGAGUGAUUAAGAAAAAUGAAGAUAUCCUAAAACCUCCGGAUGUGGUUGUUUCGGAGCAACUGAAUUUGUCCAUAGUGAGUCUAUCGCUCAGCAAAUGGUUCCAAGCGCGACGUCCCUUGAGACCGUCUUCCGGCACCAACACUCACAAACUUCGCACAGGCAGAGAAGAAAUUCUUACCAUAACGGUGCUUCGGGGCGUUGAAGUUCCUGUGAGAGAAGAAUCUGCUCUGGUUCAACCGUUGGUCCAAAUCCAUUGGGGCGCAGUCUCGAAAUCAACUUCAAUUGCGGACGGUCCUGCUCCAGUGUGGCAACAAACGAUCGAGUUUGCUGUAUCACGACAGAGUAACGAACAAUUUGUAAAAUUGUCUCUCUUCGAUCAGCAUCCCAUUUGGGGUUCUCAGUGGCUUGGUGAAGCUACAAUUCCUCUAGAAUUUCAUCGGAAUUAUCAAGAAUUCGAACGUUGGAUCGGCCUGUCACCUCUGUCCAGUCCCAUUUUGCGCUUCGGCUACGUUCAAGCCAGCCCUGUACGCUCCUACACGAGAAUUUACAUUCUCAUGAAAAUGGAACGUCCCGGAAAUCUCGUUAAAUCGGCUGACACCAACUCCUCCGAUGUUCUGGCCAAAUCAAUUCAACGAUGCAUGGCUGUUCCCUACAAAAUACCAGGCAUCGAGAGUCCUGAGGAUUGUGCUAAAUUGACAAUGCUACUGAACCGUUUGCCGAGCCAUUAUGGUCCUUUGCCUCCGAAACAGGCUUUAAAACUCAAUAAAAUUGACGAUUAUGGACGUUCAGCUUUACUUGCUACGCUUUUACAGGGAUUGGGUCUCGAUGCUUACGUUUUAAUUGGAUCAUCGCAGGCAAGGAAAUGGGCUACGUUCGUUGUGUCGUUUGACGAUAAAGGAACGUCUCCCUUGUUGUGGGAUCCUGAGAACGGAGAAAAUUACGAUUUUGGUGACAGCCGUUGUUCCUUGAUCAAAUCAUCGAGAAUCAUUAAUCAUCAGAAUAUUUGGAAAAAUAUGCAAAAAUCAACGGUAGUGCCAUUCAAUUUGCGUUUCAACCCGAAAUCGAACAAGGAUUGGCAGCCUUUGCCAAACGCGUCAUCGUCCUCAUCGGCGUCUACGGUAACCCGGGAGAUUCAAAUCCUGGAAAUGAGUGAACCAACAUCAGAAAACGAAGAUUUGAAUUUGGAAAUCGAGCGUCAUCUCCGUGAAAAAUUAUCCGAAUGGCGGGUCGACCUGGCACUGACAACCAUAUUCAACCGUCACGCGAUGACGCUGCUUCGCAAUUAUCUCGGAAAAUUUGACAAUCGCGCGGAUAACCAACCGGACAAGAAAGAAUUGCGACAACUUUAUCGUGCCUAUCACAUGCAUGGCUUCAUUCUUAAUUUGCGACGUGAAACACCAACUGAAUUGGCUGAUCGUUUAUUAUCCACGAGAAUUCACGCGGUCACCGGACCCGUUGAAUUCGCGAUUGUCUGCCGAAUACAAAAGCACAUCGCGAAAACUUGUUCCGUUUGGCUGGCUGUCAUUGUGCUUCGAAAUCGAGAUUGAAGUAUAUUUUUUUUAUUUCUCCUCGGUCAGCUCCCGGUAAGUGAUCGGCUUGCGAUUGCUUUUAUAUUCUCGUCGACAUUGGUGACCUCCGUUGGAAUUCGGAAAAUAAUUAAAAGUCAAUAUCUUUGGUUUUUUUUAGAAUUUCGUUACUCUAAACUAAACACUCAUAUGAAUGUCUGUAGGUGAAAAUACGAAGGUGAAAUUUAUCAUUCGUGCAGAUUUUACUAGCCCAAAAUAAAUUCUACUAGUCGAAACCAA